AUGAACAAAGAGCCAAAAUACCGUCGCGGCAAGCUUAUAGCCAGAUCGCACUUAAUUGAAUCGGUCACUCAUCAAAAUCCUGAAAUGGCGUCUGCGAUGAAAUUCUGCUACUACUCGAAGAAUCAAGUUCGAAGGACACUCUCUACCAGCCCGUCUGUUCCGGACACGCGACUGGAAGAAUUUAAGAGGAAGUUCAGACGAAGCGGUUCCAUUGGAAUACCAUUCGUUCCCGAAGACGACAUCAAAAGGCUCUGUUUGGCAAGAAAAGGUUGUUUCGAGGAAGUAUUUGAUCAAAAAACUGUUCAGUAA